CACUUCCUUGUAGAGUCAGAUAGAGGAACUAACAGCUUUGUGAAUGUCAUUGUCAACACUCUGUCGCCCGGAGGUUAAUUUGACAUUGUUGAAGACAUGAUAAAAUUAUUUUAAAAAAGUGGUUACUGUGUGGCGUCUAAAGGAUCUGUUCGACUUGCAAGUCCUUUUCCUCCAAGGCUGAAGAGAUGGCGCACUGGGGCCAGCAGGGAGAGAUGACAGAGUACAGGAAGAAUAUGAUCAAACGGGAAAUGGAGAUGGGCAUGGUCAUGACGGUCUUCAGGCAAAAGGCAGAGAGGCUCACUGUUCAAGUCAUUAUGGAAACACAUCAGGUGGCCUGGACACGCACCGCUGAGAAGACUGAUGGUGUCCUGGAUCUAUUUGAGAUCCGAGAGAUUCGUCCAGGGAGAAAUUCAAAGGACUUUGAGCGGUUCAAAGAUGGCAAGGAUAAACAUGACGACAAUACUUGUUUUACCAUCUUCUAUGGGUCACAGUUUGUUCUCAACACCUUGAGUCUGGGAGCUGAUUCUGUGGAGGAGGCAUAUAAAUGGCUGAUUGGACUUGAAAUGUUAGUUCAAGAAACACUGACCGCUCCUACUCCAGUUCUUAUUGAGAGCUGGCUCAGAAAGAAGAUGUAUUCUGUCAACCAGACAAAGACAAACAGCAUAUCCAUCAAAGAGCUGAAGACUCUUCUUCCUAUGCUCAACUACAAGCCCACCAGUGUUCGCUCUCUGAAAGACAAAUUCCUGGAGGUGGGAGCAAAACACGAACGCUUGGAUUUUGAGCAGUUUCACAAAUUGUACAAUCUAAUAAUGUUUGAACAAAAUGAGAUCCUUGAAGAAUUCAAAAAGGAUUGUGCUUUUAUUUUGGGCAAUACAGAUAAACCCGAUGCCUCAGUAGUUUUGCUUCAUGACUUCCAACGAUUUCUCAUUUACCAGCAGAAGGAGUCUUGGGCAAGUGAUCUCAACAAAGUUCGAGAGUUGAUGACCACUUUCAUUGAUGACACCAUGCGAAAAACCAACGACCCAGAGUUCACAGUCAGUGAGUUCCUCAGCUUCCUGUUUUCCAAAGAGAACUGCCUGUGGGAUGAGAAAUUAUCGGAGAUCAACAACCAAGACAUGAACAACCCUUUGUCCCAUUACUGGAUCAAUUCAUCACACAACACCUACCUGACAGGUGACCAGCUUCGUAGUGAGUCAUCCACAGAGGCUUAUGUGCGCUGUCUGCGCCUGGGAUGUCGUUGUGUUGAACUUGACUGCUGGGAAGGACCUGGAGAACCAAUCAUCUAUCAUGGUUGGACCAGGACGACCAAAAUCAAGUUUGAAGAUGUGGUUAAAGCCAUCAAUCAGCAUGCAUUUGUUACCUCGGAGUUCCCAGUCAUUCUCUCAAUCGAAGAGCAUUGCCCACUGGAGCAGCAGCGGCACAUGGCCCGCAUCUUUAAAGAAGUGUUUGGAGACAAACUGCUUCUUGAGCCCUUGGAGCACAUGGCCGAGCAACUGCCAUCACCCACACACCUGAAGGGCAAAAUCAUUCUUAAACACAAGAAGCUCAAUGUUGAUGGGGGAGACACCACCAAAGACUUCAGAACGUGGCUGAAACAAGGAGACUUGGAGAUGUGGGACCCUGUCAACCAGCGCUGGAACAAGCACUACUGUGUGAUUUCUGAUGACAUGCUGUACUACGCAGAAGAGUAUGAGGAGGAAAAGGAAGACCUCAGGAAGUACCAUGAUUUGCAUUGUUCCGAAACAUGGUUUCAUGGUGGCAUUAAAGAGGGUCGACUGAUGGCAGAGCAACUGAUUCAUGAUUACUGUACCGAGACAAGAGGAAGAGAUGGCACUUUUUUGGUCCGGCAGAGUGAUGCUGUUGCCAAGGAUAUCACCCUCUCUUUCUGGCGCAGUGGGAGAGUCCAGCACUGCCGUAUUCGUUCUUUUUCCGAGGGACAAAACACAUCCUACUAUCUGACAGCAAACCUCCAAUUUCCCAGUCUGUAUGCCCUGAUACAGCACUAUAGGGAGAACCCGCUGCGCUGUCAAGACUUUGAGUUGCGUCUCACUGAUGCUGUACCACAUCCCAACCCACAUCUACAGCAAGGGUGGUUUUACAGAAACCUGAGCAGAGGUGAGGCCGAAGAUUAUUUGCUGAAAAUUCCCAGAGAUGGAGCUUUCCUUAUACGACAGAGGGAGGGAGACCCAGACUCUUUUGCUAUCACGUUCAGAGGUGAAGGUAAGGUCAAACACUGCCGGAUCCAGAAGGAAGGCAGCGUUUACCUGCUCGGCACAACAACUGAGUUUGAGAGCCUCGUGGAGAUGGUCAACUACUUCAAGAAGAAGCCACUGUAUCGCAAGACCAAACUCCGAUACCCAGUCACGCCUGACCUGGUGGCUCGCUUCAGCACAGAUAAAGACACUGCCUCCCUGUACGAAAUGACGACAUAUGUGGAACCCAAUGAGAUUGAGUCAUCACUGCCAAAGAGUACCGUUCGGGCUAUUUACAGCUACCAGGCUAAAAUGCCCGAUGAACUCACCUUCAAUAAAGGGGCUUUAAUACAUAAUGUGUCAAAGGACAAUGAUGGAUGGUGGAAAGGAGACCAUGGUGGAAAUGUGCAGCUCUUUUUCCCAUCCAAUUAUGUUGAGGAAGUGUCCAACAACGCCAAACAUGAUUUUGGACAACAGAAUAUAGAAGACAAUCCUUUGGGAGAACUAUGCAAGGGCAUGGUGGAUAUAUCGAAGUGCAACAUACAAAACUUGAAAAAUGGUAAAAAUGGAAAGCUGCAUGUUCUUACACUGCAGAACAUCGAGCAGGACGGUCUGCAUUAUGACUUGGCUGCAGACUCUUUGGAGGAACUUUUUGAAUGGUACAAGGUGGCUUGGGGCAUCACUCAGAGAGAGAUGAGAAAGCAAUUCAGUCGAGAACAAGAGAUCAGGCAGCAGGAGGAAGUGGAGAAGAAGGCAGAGGUUGCUAUGGAGAUGUCAGAUCUGGUUGUCUACUGUCAGCCACGCAGCAAGGACAAGGACCGUUUUGACUGCUACAACUGCAAAGAGGUCCGUUCUUUUGUAGAGAAUAAAACACCAGGAAAGAGCAUUUCCAUGGAUUUCCUGCAGUACAAUCACAAGGCACUGAGUCGGAUUUACCCAAAAGGACAGCGUGUGGAGUCCUCCAACUAUGACCCCUACCCUCUCUGGGCAGUUGGCUGUCACAUGGUGGCUCUUAACUUCCAGACGGCAGAUAAAUACACCCAGCUGAACCACACCCUCUUCGGUAUGAAUGGACGUUCUGGUUACAUUCUCAAACCAGAGCUCAUGCGCUCUGAUAGCUAUGACCCUCAGCACGAGAAGAAAGAUGUCAAGUACAACAUUGUGGUUAGGGUGAUUGCUGCCAGACACCUGCCGAAGCUCGGCCGCUCAAUUUCUAGUCCUUUUGUGGAGAUUGAACUAUGUGGUCACACUGAAGCAAAGUCCAAGACCAGCGUCUACCGGGAUAACGGUCUGAACCCGGUGUGGAAAGUGACAACACAGCCUGUGUGCUUCAAAGUGUAUGAGCCCGAGCUCACCUUCCUGCGCUUUGUGGUCAAUGAGGAAGACAUGUUUUCCGAUCCAAAUUUCCUCGCUCAGGCCACGUUUCCUGUCAAAGGUAUCUGUUCAGGUUACCGCUCUGUGCCUCUAAAGAAUGGCUACAAUGAAAACUUAGAAUUAGCCUCUCUGUUAGUUGACAUUAAAGUACUACAGCCGGAAAAAACAACAGAAGAGCUGUAUUCCUCCUCCAGCCAGCUGAGGAAAAAACAAGCAGAGUUCAGCUCAGAAGGACUCCUGUACAAUACACACACAAACAUUAAGCUGUCCUCUGCCCCUUACCAACCUCCCACAUCGAAUCAGUUUGUUAGAGAACGCAGCACAAGUGAGCACAGAGCAAAACAAAAGAAGCUAAAAAGCAGUACAUUCUAUUCCUGAGGAGGCAGCGAACCUCACAUCCUCUUGCUGCAUGACUUACGGAGAAACACUGACAAAAUGAAUCAAGUCCCACAAAAUGUCAAUCUUUUUUCUUUUUUUUUUUGCCUCUCGUCUUUACUUUCAAAACUUGUCUUGACUUUCAAAAGCCCACCAAUUCAGACACACUGUCACUGGUGUCAUGAACUAGUUGUUAGGUUCUCAUUCCUUCUUUUUUUUUUUUUGUUUGUUUCAUCGUGAGCUGGUGUCAUUGAUGUGUAAAACCAGAAAAUCAUGCUCAUCCUGCAAAAAGUCACUGAAAGAAGAUGCAUUUGUUGUCAUCCUUGCUGUCAUUGUUGCUCGGGUGCGUGCAUUUUGGCAGAAGCAUGUCACUGACAACAGGCUGGAGAUUUAGUUUUAAUGGACAAACAUGUCGACACACUUUCACUCAGUUAUUCAACCGCCAUUGUAAAAAGUACCUGUAAAUUGCCUUUAUUUGCAAAAUGUAGAAAUAUUCAAUAUACUGUACAGUGACCCCCUAUCUCUUUGUGGUUCACUCUUCAUAAAUUCAUGGAUUUGUGUUUUUUACUGUCAAGCCUAUCUUGGGCUAUUUGCGCAAAAUUGUACUUUUUUUUUUUUUUUUUUUUUUUUUUGCACUGUCUCUGUAAAAACUAAGAUGCCACAAGAUGGUGCCGAAGCCCUGCCUAAUAUGAAAAAGUAGUAACUAGUGUCAAAGUAUUAUGUGGAAGUGAGACUGUACAUCUCAAAGGAGAAACUCAGAUAUUUGGAAGGAGUAACAUUUAGCCUGGGUUGUGGAGUCUGCUGCAUUUGUAUGUUUUUGCUCUGCCGAGUGGCCAUUAAAAAUCUCGAGAUAUCAAA